AUGUGCUUAACGGACCGUUUUGUACUGGGUAUUGACUCAGCUUCGGUCCGUGAAAAGUUGUUUAGAGAAGACCCGAAUCAGCUCAAACUGACCCGAGCUGUAGAUCUAGCGCGCGCUGUGGAGAGUGCGCAGCGUAUUGUAUCUGCUGGUGAAUCGGUACCGGUGACCAAAACGGAGUCAUUACUUUAUACGGAGUCCCGUCGGAGAGGCAGCACGCGCACCGGUCGCAGCGCUGGUGGCAGCGCCGGUGGCAGCGCCGGUGGCAGCGCCGGUGGCAGCGCCGGUGGCAGCGCCGGUGGCGGUGGCAGCUCAAUAUGUGGCGUUUGUGGCGCGAGGUCACACGACGCCGAAGCAUGUGGUUACCGUCAUUUGUCGUGUAAUGAUGAAAACCCGCUGGCUCUGGAGGUGAGUGUGCGGGGUGUUGCACUCAUUAUGGAGGUCGAUUCUGGAAGUGGGAUGUCGGCACUGCCCGGACACCUGUGGCGUAUGUAUUUUUCUCGGUACACGUCGCUCGGAACUACGCCUAACACUCCCACUGUGAACCAGACCUUGCGCAGUAGUAGUGAAGCCUCCGAGUGGGCUGAGUCAGAAGACUCAUUCGGUACGCCGUCAAAUGCAACAGACUUAGGGCAACAACCCCGCACACCUAUUCCUGACGAGCCAGAUCCGUCCUGGACGUCUACGAUCGGUAAAUCGGUGUAUGUGUGUGUGCCGCGACGGCAGAGUGAACAUCCACAAAGCUCAUCAUCGCCAAUGAAAAAGAUGAAAGCUUUGAAGCGGGUGAAACUAUCCUUGGGGAUAUUACUGAUACUUUGGGCUGCUGGUGGUGGGGACGGCUACAGCUGUCCGUACGGCCACCAGUGCGGCUUCGAACCCGCACCGCCCGGCAAGUCACCACCCUGCGCUCAGCCUGGUCUGACCUACUGCCUACAUCCAGAGCCCUAUCCAGAGCAUGUCAUCCACAAGCUAAUAGAGGCCGGACAGUACGACAUCCGGACUCUGCUGUCCGACGAGAGCCGUGACGAUUUCGACUCGAAGAAGAAGUCCAGCUAUCCGUACGGGUACGGGCCUAACUCGCUUCCGCACGUGGACCAGAUCUCGCUGGUAAACGACCCAGUCUACCCAAAGGAGAUCGACAAGCUCCACGGGCGGUACAACCACGAUCUCUUCGGGGAGAAGACUCCUCUGCAGCCGCCGUCGCCAGUCGACCCUUCGCCGUACAACACAGAUGUUCAUCAAGCGUCCAACUUCUCCAAGUUCGGCUUCAACGGCUACCACGCCCCCGAAGGCUACUGGAGCCCCCUCGACCACUACGACUACAGCAAGAAGGGCUCAAGGCAGACUGGAGCACCCCCGAGCCCGGACCCCUACAACCACGGGUUCUUUAACGGGCCCAACCUAUACCCAGGCUACGACGCCAACUGGUACCGUCAGCACGCAGACAGCGUAACGCAAUACAACCCAAACGAAUGGUGGAAGUACAUAUCGCCUACGAGAUCUGAUGCCGUCACCAUUGAGCGCUCAGUAACGUUUCCAACACGCACGAGCACUUUACGAAGACCGGCGAGGCGACGCAGAAACGCAGAAUUGGUCGAAGAGGCCGCCAAGAGGACUCUGACAGGAGCUGAAGCCCUAAGGAUAGCUUUGGGAUUGGCCAACGAGGACAAUUCGGCGGAGAGACCGAGGCGGCAAGCGCAGGACACUCAAGAAUUGUGCCGCGUCCGCACUCAAUUCAUCACCCCGCGCGCCGCGCUCAACAACAAGGGCAACUGGCGUUACGUCGUCAACAUGGCCGACAACAUGACCCAACUGGUCCGCGCCGAAAUCUGCGCAUCCACUGAAUGUAGCGGCUUAUGCACAAUACCACUUGGGUACACCUCACGAUGUGAACAGAAAUAUAUUCAGAAGCGAUUAGUUGCCCUAGAAACUAGUGGCCAAACCUUAUACACGGAUCUAUUUUGGAUACCUAGCUGCUGUCAAUGUACAAUUGUUAACAAUAAC